CCGCCCCCCGCGGCUCGCGGCCAGCCCGCCCCUCCUCCCUCUUCCCCCCGCCCGCGGCUCCGCGCCGCCUGAGAGGAAACAAAGUGCUGCGGGCGGGAGACUCGGCGGCGGCAGCGCGCGGACGCAGCUCGGCCCUCCUGGCCACCCUCGCCCCCUAUUUCCCGAGCGUGUGUGCGCGCGUGUGUGAGUGUGUGCAUGUCUUCUUACAAAGGGCGUUUCACGUCUGAUUGAUUCUCAGUCCUCCCCCUUUGCCCUUUGUGCUGUAACCCCUCUCCCGCCAUCCCAGGUGCUUCGUCCUGCCCCCCCUGCGCCGGCCUCUCCGCGAGCGCGGGCCGCCGGUUCGUGCCUGUCCUCCCGCUUCGCCUCCUGCCGCCCCCUCCGUGUCCCGGCGCUGCCCGGGGCCUCCGCGCUCCGCUCUCCUCGCCGAUCGCCAUGGCGACAGCGACCCCCGUGCCGCCGCGGGCGGGCAGCCGCGCCGGCGGCCCCGCCACGCCACUGAGCCCCACGCGGCUGUCGCGGCUGCAAGAGAAGGAGGAGCUGCGCGAGCUCAACGACCGGCUGGCCGUGUACAUCGACAAGGUGCGCAGCCUGGAGACGGAGAACAGCGCGCUGCAGCUGCAGGUGACGGAGCGCGAGGAGGUGCGCGGCCGCGAGCUCACCGGCCUCAAGGCGCUCUAUGAGACCGAGCUGGCCGACGCGCGACGCGCGCUCGACGACACGGCCCGCGAGCGCGCCAAGCUGCAGAUCGAGCUGGGCAAGUUCAAGGCCGAGCACGAUCAGCUGCUCCUCAAUUACGCUAAGAAAGAAUCUGAUCUUAAUGGAGCCCAGAUCAAGCUUCGAGAAUAUGAGGCAGCACUGAAUUCAAAAGAUGCAGCUCUGGCUACUGCACUUGGUGAUAAAAAAAGUUUAGAGAGUGAUUUGGAGGAUCUGAAGGAUCAGAACGCCCAGUUGGAAGCCUCUUUAGGUGCUGCGAAGAAACAGUUAGCAGAUGAAACUUUACUUAAAGUGGAUUUGGAGAAUCGCUGUCAGAGCCUUACUGAAGACUUGGAGUUUCGUAAAAACAUGUAUGAGGAGGAGAUUAAUGAGACCAGAAGGAAGCAUGAAACUCGCUUGGUAGAGGUGGAUUCUGGGCGUCAGAUUGAGUAUGAGUACAAGCUGGCUCAAGCCCUUCAUGAGAUGAGAGAGCAACACGAUGCCCAAGUCAAGCUGUACAAAGAAGAGCUGGAGCAGACUUACCAUGCCAAACUUGAGAAUGCCAGACUGUCAUCGGAGAUGAAUACUUCUACUGUCAAUAGUGCCAGAGAAGAACUGAUGGAAAGUCGUAUGAGAAUUGAGAGCCUCUCAUCUCAGCUUUCUAAUCUACAGAAAGAGUCUAGAGCAUGUUUGGAGAGGAUUCAAGAAUUGGAGGACUUGCUUGCUAAAGAAAGAGACAACUCUCGUCGCAUGCUGUCUGACAAAGAGAGAGAGAUGGCGGAAAUUCGGGAUCAGAUGCAGCAACAGCUAAACGAUUAUGAACAACUUCUUGAUGUUAAGUUAGCACUGGACAUGGAAAUCAGUGCUUAUAGGAAACUCUUAGAAGGCGAGGAAGAGAGAUUGAAGCUCUCUCCAAGCCCUUCUUCCCGCGUGACUGUAUCACGUGCGUCCUCGAGUCGCAGUGUGCGUACAACCAGAGGAAAGCGGAAGAGAGUGGACGUGGAAGAAUCUGAAGCCAGCAGCAGCGUCAGCAUCUCUCAUUCUGCCUCGGCCACUGGGAAUGUCUGCAUUGAAGAGAUAGAUGUUGAUGGGAAAUUUAUCCGCUUGAAGAACAAUUCCGAACAGGAUCAACCAAUGGGAGGCUGGGAGAUGAUCAGAAAAAUUGGAGACACAUCAGUCAGUUACAAAUAUACCUCAAGAUAUGUGCUGAAGGCAGGCCAGACUGUGACAAUCUGGGCUGCAAAUGCCGGUGUCACGGCCAGUCCUCCCACUGACCUCAUCUGGAAGAACCAGAACUCUUGGGGCACUGGCGAAGAUGUGAAGGUUAUAUUGAAAAAUUCUCAGGGAGAGGAGGUAGCUCAAAGAAGUACGGUCUUCAAAACAACCAUACCUGAAGAGGAAGAGGAGGAGGAAGAAGCAGCUGAAGUGGCUGUCGAGGAAGAACUUUUCCACCAGCAGGGAGCCCCAAGAGGUUCCAAUAGAAGCUGUGCAAUUAUGUAAACUUCUCAAGUCAACGGUCUUCCUCAGAAUAAAGAAGUAUGGUAAUCCUUACCUACAUGCAGUGCAGAGCCUUCUCAGAAGCACAGAAUAUUUUUAUAUUUCCUUUAUGUGAAUUUUUAAGCUGCGAAUCUGAUGGCCUUAAUUUCCUUUUUUGACACUGAAAGUUUUGUAAAAGAAAUCAUACCCAUACACUUUGUUGCAAGAUGUGAAUUAUUGACACUGAACUUAACUGUACUGUUUGGAAGGGGUCCCUCAAAUUUUUUGACAUUUUUUUGUAUGUGUGGUUUUUUUUUUUAAGUUCUUAUGAGGAGGGGAGGGUAAAUAAACCACUGUGUGUCUGGGUUUCAUUUGAAGAUUGCUCCGUCUAGAUGAGCAAUCUGCUCUUGAUUAUUCUCUGCUAUGUAUAACGGUGCUGUGAGGGAGGGGAAAAGCAUUUUUUCAAUAUAUCAAACUUUUGUACUGAAUUUUUUUGUAAUAAAUCAAGGCUACAAAAAUUUUUUUUAAAUAGAAAAGAGAAAUUUUGUAAGAAGGCAAUAUUAACCUAAUCAUCAUGUAAGCACUCUGGAUGAAGGAUUCCACAAAACUUUGUUUUAUGGUUACUUCUUCUCUUAGAUUCUUAACUCACAAGGGGAAUGGGGGGAGGGGAUAAGGGGGGAGGGAAGGGUUUCUCCUAAAACGCAUUAGUUGUGUUUUUUAAGAUAGCGUAACUUGCUUAAAUUUCUAAUGUGACAUUAACGAAUAAAAAGCUGUUUUAAUAU